GGAGCCAUCGCGGCGCCUGCGCGCAGCAGAGGCGGCGGCAGCGGCCUGAGGAGCCCCGCGGGGAGAAGCGGCGGUGGGGUUGCGGUGCUUUGACGCGGCGCUGGGCGGCCGUGAUCGCUCGCCACCAUGCCGGCGGUAUCGAAGGGCGAUGGGAUGCGAGGCUUGGCCGUCUUCAUCUCCGAUAUCCGCAACUGCAAAAGCAAAGAAGCAGAGAUAAAGAGAAUAAAUAAAGAACUAGCAAACAUUCGGUCAAAAUUUAAAGGAGACAAGGCUCUGGAUGGCUACAGUAAGAAAAAAUAUGUCUGCAAGCUGCUUUUCAUCUUUCUCUUGGGGCAUGACAUUGACUUUGGUCACAUGGAGGCUGUAAACCUGCUCAGUUCCAAUAGAUACACAGAAAAGCAAAUUGGGUAUCUCUUCAUCUCCGUACUAGUGAACUCUAACAGCGAGCUGAUUCGCUUAAUAAACAACGCGAUCAAGAAUGAUCUGGCAAGCCGCAACCCUACCUUCAUGGGGCUAGCUCUGCAUUGUAUUGCUAACGUGGGUAGCCGGGAGAUGGCGGAAGCAUUUGCUGGAGAGAUUCCAAAAAUACUUGUAGCUGGAGAUACUAUGGAUAGUGUGAAGCAGAGUGCUGCCUUAUGCUUGCUGCGUUUGUAUAGAACUUCUCCCGACCUUGUCCCCAUGGGAGACUGGACGUCCAGAGUGGUACAUCUCCUCAAUGACCAGCACUUGGGUGUGGUUACUGCAGCUACAAGUCUGAUCACCACUUUGGCACAGAAGAACCCAGAAGAGUUUAAAACUUCAGUCUCCUUGGCUGUGUCUAGAUUAAGCAGAAUUGUAACUUCUGCAUCAACAGAUCUUCAGGACUAUACAUAUUACUUUGUUCCUGCUCCUUGGCUAUCUGUGAAACUUCUGAGGCUCUUACAGUGCUAUCCACCUCCAGAAGACCCUGCGGUACGUGGUCGUCUCACAGAAUGCCUGGAAACUAUUCUUAACAAAGCACAGGAGCCACCAAAGUCAAAGAAAGUACAACACUCAAAUGCGAAGAAUGCUGUGCUGUUUGAGGCGAUAAGUUUAAUUAUACAUCACGACAGUGAGCCAAAUCUACUAGUCCGUGCCUGUAACCAGCUAGGUCAGUUCUUGCAGCACCGAGAAACUAAUUUGCGUUACCUAGCACUGGAAAGCAUGUGCACGCUUGCCAGCUCUGAAUUCUCACAUGAGGCUGUGAAAACACACAUAGAAACUGUUAUCAAUGCAUUAAAGACUGAAAGAGAUGUGAGCGUACGACAAAGAGCUGUAGAUCUCCUGUAUGCAAUGUGUGACCGAAGCAAUGCCCAACAGAUUGUGGCUGAAAUGCUGAAUUAUUUGGAGACUGCUGAUUAUUCCAUUAGAGAAGAAAUUGUACUGAAAGUUGCAAUUCUAGCUGAGAAGUAUGCAGUGGAUUAUACCUGGUAUGUGGAUACAAUAUUGAAUCUGAUUCGCAUUGCCGGUGACUAUGUCAGUGAAGAAGUAUGGUACCGAGUUAUUCAGAUUGUCAUCAACAGAGAUGAUGUUCAAGGGUAUGCAGCAAAGACCGUUUUUGAGGCCCUUCAAGCUCCAGCAUGCCAUGAGAAUCUUGUGAAAGUAGGUGGCUACAUCUUGGGAGAAUUUGGAAAUCUGAUAGCAGGUGAUCCAAGAUCAAGUCCCCUCAUCCAAUUCAACUUGCUACAUUCCAAGUUUCAUCUGUGUAGUGUUCCUACCCGAGCUCUGCUUCUGUCUACCUACAUCAAGUUUGUGAACCUGUUUCCAGAAAUCAAAACUACAAUUCAAGAUGUAUUGCGCAGUGACAGUCAGCUAAAGAAUGCUGAUGUUGAGCUGCAGCAGAGAGCUGUUGAGUAUUUGAGGCUCAGUACUAUUGCCAGUACUGAUAUAUUGGCUACAGUGCUAGAAGAAAUGCCUCCCUUUCCAGAGAGGGAAUCUUCUAUUUUGGCUAAACUCAAGAAGAAGAAAGGUCCAGGCACAGUUACUGACCUGGAAGAGAUCAAAAAGGAGAGGAGCUCUGAUAUGAAUGGAAGUGCUGAACCUGCCUCAGUCAAUGCCAGUGCUGUUUCUACUCCUUCUCCAUCUGCGGAUCUGCUGGGUCUGGGUGCAGCCCCUCUCACCAAUUCAGCUCCCCCACCUUCCUCUAGUGGUAGCCUCCUGGUGGAUGUAUUUUCAGAUUCAGCUUCUGCUGUUGCACCUCUUGCUCCUGGUUCUGACGACAACUUUGCGAGGUUUGUGUGUAAAAAUAACGGAGUCUUAUUUGAAAAUCAAUUACUACAAAUUGGAUUGAAAUCUGAAUUUCGACAGAACCUGGGACGUAUGUUCAUAUUCUAUGGUAAUAAGACAUCAACACAGUUCUUGAAUUUCAGUUCAUCGAUCAUUUUCCUUAGCCACUUUUCAUGCCUGAAUCUUCAGACAAAGCCUGUUGACCCCACAGUGGAUGGAGGUGCACAGGUUCAACAGGUUGUGAACAUUGAAUGUGUGCAGGACUUCAUGGAAGCUCCAAUCCUGAACAUUCAAUUCAGGUACGGGGGAACAUUCCAAAAUCUUUCAGUAAAAUUACCCAUUACGCUGAAUAAUUUUUUCAGAACAGAGAUGUCUUCUCAAGACUUUUUCCAGCGUUGGAAGCAACUGAGCAAUCCUAAACAAGAAGUACAGAAUAUCUUUAAAGCAAAACACCCAAUGGAUGCAGAGAUCACAAAGCAAAGGUUGAUAAUUGGCUUUGGAUCGGCCCUACUUGAUGGAGGCGAUCCCACUGCUAACUUUGUUGGUGCUGGUAUCAUACAUACAAAACUACUCAGAUUGGAUUGCUUGCUGCGCCUUGAACCAACCUUCAGGCUUCAGAUGUAUAGGCUCACACUACGAACAAGUAAAGAAGCUGUAUCUCAGAGAUUAUGUGAAUUGCUGUCAGAACAGUUUUAAUACUAACCAUGACAGUUUUGUUUUUCCAUUUAUAUCAUUGUCAUCAUACUGCAAAUAAAUGUCUUGUACAUCACUGUCUGAGUACUGCAAUGUUAACAAAUACCAGCUCCCUGCCUUAAUAGGACUUGCCCCUUGUUUGAAAUUGUGAUUAGAAAAUGUACAGUACAGGGAAGUGACUUUUUACAUAAAAAGUGGCUUUUAAUAUGUUACACAAAGGGUGGAAGGGUUGUCUUUGUGCUCCUUUUAUUGCAGAGGUUUGACUUUUAAACUUGUUAAAGGGAAAUUGAUUUUGAUAGGGUAACCAAGGGUUUCAACUGGAAAAGAUUAGUAACAUUUCAGUCUUACUGCCUUUAGCAGGUACUCCCUCUGCUCUGAGCUGAAAGAAACCAGUGUAAUGCUGCUCGGUAGGGUUAAUUCCAGUUAUUAAUGUAGAGUCAAAAACCUUGUAAAGUUAAACGUUGCCACAAGUUUUGUACUGGAUGGGAAGGGCAGAUUCCAAGGUGUUUGAUUUAAGUGGACAUUUAUGUUGAAUAUCGCCAAUCUGUGUUGUAUUUGAAAAAUGAUACAGGUCCAGAGUCUUAAAGUAUUAAUCUUAUAAUCCUUUAUGUCUUACUGUUUUCUGAUCUUUGGAAAGUGGAUUGAAACACAAAAGCUAUUCUUAAUCCCUUCUGCUUAUCUCAAAUAAUGAGGGUGAGCUUCCCUGUUAGGUAGUGAAUGAGUACAUGCUUGUUGAGUUCAAACUGAAGUUAAAUAUUCUGUUCUGUUUUUUUCUGCUACCCAUCAGAUUUAGCAAGCAGCAGUCCCAAUGAUGCGAUAUAACUAACUGCGGAGAGUAAGGUUCUCAUCAGUGUGGUGUUGUAUAAAAGGAGAACAGGGAAGAAAUGUGCCCUUUAAGGCUAAGGCAUGCACUCUUCAAUAGACAAAAAUCUAAUUUUAAACUUUUUUCCUUCCCCAGUGUAUAGUAAUGUUAAAGCUUGAGGGGCUGAAUAACUGGUAUCCGUAUCGUUUUCUGUCUGUCAGUGGUGGUAAAAAUAUCCAAUGUGGUGUAAAGAUCUGUGUUGAGACUGAGCUAGGAAAGCUGAAAAUGUUCAGCUUACAUAGUGGUUUUAACAACCAAAACCUCUGUAGCUUGUUCCAAAUCAUCAAACCCUGCAGCCUCUCUGCACAACUAAGUGGACAUAAUUUUGGCUCGCAUUCUUGAAGCUUUGAGAUGCACCGGAGGCUGCCAAAAUGAGCAGGUGAGGUUGCGCAGUUAGAAACUGCGGGCAGUUGUCAGUGAGGCAGUACUACAGGUCAGGGUGAACCAAGAAGUCAGCUGCUGCUGACAUGAGAAGUGAACCUCAGAUUAAGAUUCCCCUAAGGUUGUUUGAAGGAAGCCUAGGACUGUUGUCUCAGCACAUACAGCCAAGUCUGCCCUUGAGAUAAAAGCUUCAAGUGAUAGUGGUGAUGACAACAGUGAGAAUUGUGCCCUGCUGCCCAGUGCAAAGGAGGGGACAGGAUUCUCCUUGGUUGAGUGUGCCUUGCUUUUCUUCAGUGCUUUGAGUUGAAGAUGGAACUAGGUGAUUACAGUUUGGUGUGGUGGAAGGCUGAUGGUUGUGCUUGAGUACCAGUGAAAAAUGAGAGGAACAAAGGUUUGGGUGUGGUGUGUGAGAUUUUGUUGCUUUGUUUUGCUUUUUUCCAGAAAUGGUUGGUAAUUCAUGGAUGUUAUGUCUGAAAACUUGUCUACAGACCUGGUCUUUCGGUCUUUCUGAAAAAAAGUUCUCUUAAACAAUUGGCCCUCUUGUGGCCUCCCACACAGCUAAUCACAACUCUCUGAUCACGAAUAUUGUCUUUGAAGAAUCUUCAUACGCAUUUCCUACGCUCAAGUUGAGUAGUUGGCAGAGUACUACUGGAGUACCUAUAUUUUGUCCUUUGGAGGCUGUAUGAUCUUUACUAAUCCCGUGAUCUUAACCAUGUUGGCUACUGUGUUAAAAAUCUGAUGUGCUGAACUAAAGGGAGUCUUAGCAGAGACAGGGAGUAGCUUCUUUCAUUUUUUUCCAAAUCCUGUUGUACAUCUGUUCCUCUGAGUAUGUUCUGUGCCCUCAUUAAAGGACAUCUUGAGACACACUGUACUAUAUUAGUUCACUUAGCUUUGGUUCCAGCUGUGCUAAAUAAAAAUGUGCAUUAAAAAUAUGGGUAGGAGGGGGGUAAGGGAAAGCAUCUUUUCAGUGGUGACUGUAUUAAGCUUAUGACUGUUCACGUUUUGUAUUAGAUGUCAGCUCAGUGAAGCCAUGAGCAGAACAGUGAACAAAUUAAGGAUAAAUACUUGAUUUUUUUUUUUUGUGAAUGAUGGUUAACUUACCAAAGUGAUGUAUCCUCUCAAGCAGACAAAGUAAUUUCUGCAGUAAACAGUGUUAUUGUUUUCAAGUACAGUAUUUUCAGGCAUUGACAUGUGAAAAUAACUGAAUAGCAAAACAGGUAGCAUUUGUUCAUUCUUGACCUACACUCCUGUAUGUAACAUUUAUGGUGAUUGUCUUAUUUGUAUAAAACAAAGUUCUGUCAAAUUAAGUGGAGAAUUUUCAUAUAGAAGACUAUAUAUUAGACUAUAUUCAUCAGAAGAACAUAUUAAGAUUAAAUAAAUGAUUAGAACAGUAA